UCAAUCCUUUUUACAUUUUCCAGCUAUUCAGUGUGAUCCUCUGGUGCACGGAUGAAUAUUAUUACUAUGCAAUAGCCAUUGUGAUCAUGUCUCUGAUCUCCAUUGCCAGCUCUCUGUACAACAUCCGAAAGCAAUACACGAUGCUGCAUGACAUGGUGGCAACUCACAGCAUCAUCAGGGUGUCCAUCAGCAGAGCAGACCACGGUGUGGAAGAGGUUCUUUCCACGGACCUGGUGCCCGGGGACGUCAUCGUGGUCCCGCUCCGUGGAAUGAUCAUGCCCUGCGAUGCAGUGCUUCUCAGCGGAACCUGCAUCGUCAACGAAAGCAUGUUGACGGGUGAGAGCGUCCCUGUCACCAAGACCAACCUGCCCAAUCCGUCCAAGGACUCCCAGGCCCUGGAGGGUGAGGUGUACUGCCCAGACGGGCACCGGAGGCACACGCUCUUCUGUGGCACAACGGUCAUUCAGACCCGCUUCUAUACUGGGGAGCUCGUCAAGGCUGUGGUCAUCAGAACAGGUUUCAGCACUUCGAAAGGGCAGCUGGUCCGCUCCAUCUUGUAUCCAAAGCCCACGGAUUUUCAGCUCUACAGGGAGGCCUACCUGUUUUUGCUCUGCCUGGUGGGGGUGGCAGGCAUUGGGUUCCUGUACACAAUUGUCAUCAGCAUUCUUCACCAGGUUCCUGCCAACACCAUCAUCAUUGAGUCUCUGGACAUCAUCACCAUCACGGUCCCGCCGGCUCUUCCUGCUGCCCUGACGGCAGGGAUUGUGUACGCGCAGCGGCGGCUGAAGAAGGUUGGGAUCUUCUGCAUCAGCCCCCAGAGGAUCAACAUCUGUGGGCAGCUGAAUCUCGUGUGCUUUGACAAGACAGGGACCCUGACUGAGGAUGGCCUGGACCUCUGGGGGAUCCAAAGGGUUGAUAAUGCCUGCUUCCACAUGCCCGAAGAAAACGCGUGCAAGGAGAGCUUGGUGAAGUCGCCCUUCAUCGCCUGCAUGGCCACUUGCCAUUCCCUUACCAAGAUCGAAGGGGUGCUUUCAGGAGAUCCACUUGAUCUGAAGAUGUUUGAAGCCACUGGAUGGGUUCUUGAAGAAGCAACAGAAGAGGAAACAGCCCUUCAUAACCGGAUUAUGCCCACGGUUGUCCGGCCGCCUAAGCAGCUUCUUCCAGACUUCAAAGCUGGAAGCAACAAGGAAAUGGAGCUUUUUCAGCUCUCGGCCAGUUACGAAAUCGGGAUCGUGCGGCAGUUUCCCUUCUCUUCCGUCUUGCAACGGAUGUGCGUAGUGGCCAGAAUCCUGGGGGAAAAGAAGAUGGACGCCUUUGUGAAAGGGGCCCCAGAAGUGGUCGCGGGGCUGUGCAGGCCAGCCACUGUGCCAGCUGACUUUGAACGGGUGUUGGAGGACUACACGCAGCAGGGCUUCCGGGUCAUUGCUCUUGCUCACAGAAAGCUGGAGUCCAAGCUGACCUGGCACAAGGUCCAGAACGUGGGCCGAGAUGCCAUCGAGGCCAACAUGGAUUUCAUGGGGCUAAUUAUAAUGCAGAAUAAACUCAAGCCAGAAACUCCAGCUGUACUUGACGAUUUGCACAAAGCCAACAUCCGCACAGUCAUGGUCACAGGCGAUAACAUGCUGACUGCCAUCUCUGUGGCCCGGGAUUGUGGAAUGAUUCUACCUCAGGACAAGGUCAUUGUGGCUGAAGCACUACCUCCAAAGGAUGGGCACCCCGCCAGGAUCAAGUGGCACCAUGCAGAUGCCCUUGAAAGGGGUUCUGAUGCCAUGCCCACCAUUAACUCAGAGGAUAUUCCAAUUAAACUUGCCCAGCAGAACUUUGAAGACUUCCACAAAGCCAAAUUCCAUUUUGCCAUGAACGGGAAGUCUUUUGCAGUCAUCCAGGAACACUUUCAGGACCUUGUUCCGAAGCUUGUGCUGCACGGCACGGUGUUUGCUCGCAUGGCACCGGACCAAAAGACGCAGCUGGUGGAGGCCCUGCAGAACGUUGAUUACCACGUGGGGAUGUGUGGCGAUGGAGCCAACGACUGUGGCGCUCUGAAGAGGGCCCAUGGUGGUAUUUCGCUCUCUGAGCUGGAAGCGUCCGUUGCUUCUCCCUUCACCUCCAGAACACCCAGCAUUUCCUGCGUGCCAAACCUGAUCAGGGAAGGCCGCACCGCCCUAAUGACUUCCUUCUGCGUGUUCAAAUUCAUGGCUUUGUAUAGCAUUAUCCAGUAUGUCAGCGUCACUCUGCUAUACUCUGUCCAGAGCAACCUGGGAGACUUCCAGUUCCUCUUCAUUGACCUCGCCAUCAUUCUGGUGUUGGUCUUCACCAUGAGCCUGAAUCCUGCAUGGAAAGAGCUUGUGCCUCAGCGGCCACCCUCUGGCCUCAUCUCGGGGCCCCUCCUCUUCUCUGUCCUGUCCCAGAUCCUCAUCUGCCUGGGCUUCCAGAUUCUGGGCUUUCUGUGGGUCAAGCAGCAGCUCUGGUACGAGACUUGGACCCCACUCUCAGACGCCUGCAACCGCUCAGGAGCUGCCUUGGCCAACGCUUCCCAGCACGUUAACGCGUCUGACCACGACGAGCAUAACAUCCGAAACUACGAGAACACGACCCUCUUCUUCAUCUCCAGCUUCCAGUACCUCAUCGUUGCCAUUGUCUUUUCCAAGGGCAGGCCCUUUCGGCAACCUUGCUACAAAAACUAUCCGUUCGUGGUCUCUGUGCUGGCCCUUUAUGCCUUCGCUCUGACCUUCCUGCUGUACCCAGUGGCAGCCAUUGAAUCCUUCUUCGAGCUGGUCUGCGUGCCUUACGCUUGGCGUAUCACAGUUCUCCUCAUCGUAGUCGUCAAUGCCGUUGUGUCCAUUCUGGUGGAGGAGGGCCUGGACCGUUGCCACGGAUGUGCCCUGCCGGCACUGCUGGGCCUGAAGAAGAGGCCUCCCAAGGCCCGCUACAUGCACCUGGCCCAGGAGCUGCUGGUGGACCCGGAGUGGCCGCCCAAGGGCCGCACGACGACAGAGGCCCCUGGCCCCGCCUGCCAAAACGGCUCCUGCCAAGUCAUCACCAUGACGUAGCGGAGGCCACGCCGGUGCAGGCUGGGGCUGUCGACAGGUUGAGCUGGACGGCCGGGGCCCCCUCCCCUCCCUCCCUCCCUCCCUGCCGAGGCCGUCUUCCUCCAGCCAGCCUGGAAAGACCUUCUCCUCGGCCACGGCUCUCGAGGCAAGUUGAGCAGCCCGAAGAGCAAUGGGGCCUGCCUGGAACAAGGACUCGUGCCUCCCCAGAGCCGCACAAGGGGCGGAACUGCCUUUGCCGCUGUUUGCCUCCAGAAGCACGUGGGCUGGAUUUGGAUGCGCUUCUCCAUCUGCAGCUAUGCAGAGGAAAGGGCCCUCCGCCCCGUCUGAAGUG